UUUUUAUUUAAAAAUGAUGUUCAAUAAUGAAUGGCGGAAUGCCAAUCAUGAUUGUGUUAUCGUGAAAUAUAGCUUUUAGUUUACGCUUUAAGCGUAACGAUUUAUGUAAUACGUGUAAAUUAGCUUUCAAUAAAAUAAUAAGUUUUAUCUACAUUUAUCCCGGGAUUUACAAAUGUCAACAAAGAUAACUCUCUAAAAUAUCGAAGUAUCCGUAACACAUGCUCAUUGGUUAAAUAUAAAGUUGAUCGUAAGAAAACAAAACAUCAGGAAAAAUGUUAUCUGAUGAAUCAAGCAGUGAUUCAGAAACUGGCCGCUUUAAAUGCCAAACAAACAAGCAAGAUGGUCAACAGGGAAGGGGUGAUACUAGGUCUACAAAUAGAACAAGAUCUCCUGGCAGAAACAAGCACCCUACUAAUAGAUAUGAUAAGGGUUUUGAUAGAAAAAAAGAUGAUAGAGAUCGAUUUCAUAGAGAUAGACAUAGACAUGAAAGGUAUUCUCCUAUAAGGUCUAGGUAUCCUAGAGAUAGAAGUAGAGAGAGAAGAUCUCAUGAGAGACAAAGAGAGAAGGAGAGAUCAAAGCACAAAGAUUUUAGCCUAAAUAGGGAUCAGAGGAGGAGUUCAAGAUCCAGGUUAUCUAGAUCUCCUAUGCAUAACAGAAAUGUAAAAGAUGAGACUAAAAAUAUUAUUGUUUUAGACAAAACCACUGAUAAGUAUAAUAGGAAACCCAGAGAUGAUAGUCCACCAUCUCCUAUUCACGCUGUUAAGAGGUCUGAGGUUUAUAAACCUCAAGAACAACCGAAACCAAGGAAGAGCGAAAGUCCUGUUGUUAUUGAUCAUGAUAGUCCUGAUGAGGAAGUACAAUUAGGAUCGUAUUAUAGCAUGAUACCAGCUAUUGUUAAAGAAAAAUCUGAAGAAUCCAGUGAAAUUGAUUCAUCCGAUGAUGAAAAGCUUCGUGCCAAGCUCUUAAAUUUAGAAAAAGAACUGCACAAAAGCAAAAAGAAGAAACAUAAGAAAAAACAUAAAAAGAGAAGUUCAAAGUCAAAAGAUAAAGUUUUGGAUGCAAUAUCUGUUGAAGUUACAAGUACAACUGAUAUACAAGAAGUGCAAAAUGAGCAUAAAACGCAGUCAACAGAAGUUUCCUCCACACAAAAAAAUAAUCGUAAAGACAGCAGCGAGGAAGGAGAAAUAUUAAGUGAUGAGGAGGAGUUUGAUUCCAAUGACCUGCGACACAAGUUAAAAAGAUCAAAAACAGCACCAGAACAGCCUAAAUUAGAUGCUUGUGGUCCCGCACUGCCACCACAUUUGCAGAAACGCUAUACUAAAAGUGUGUCUCCUGAUAAUAUUACAAAUAAAUUACCAGGUGAAAAGGUCAGAAAUAUAGGACCAACUAUACCAUCUGACAUGCGAAAAGUGCUUGCUGAACAAAGUCCGGAAUUAAUAAAAGAAAGUUCAGAUGAAGAUGGCAUUGGUCCUUUACCCGCUGGUUCUGAAGAAAAAUGGUCAGAGGCUCAUGAAAAACUGGAAGUAAGGGCAUAUGAAAUGAAGAUUAAGAAAUUGGAAGGGCAUAGCAUGAGAGGCAAGGAUGUGAAUCGGGAACAAUGGAUGCUUGAACUGCCGGAGGGAAAAACUAAGUUUUUAGGGCUUGAGGCCCGUGGAUUUAGAGCAAAAGCGGGACCAGAUAUGUCUGACAGAUCUAGCUGGACAGACACUCCAGAAGAUAAAGCUCGAAAGGCCUCUGGUGUAGUUGAGGAAGAUCCUUCGGAAACUUUGCAACGAGAAGCGAAGGAUCGGCAAGUGUCAAACAGAGAUGCAGAACAGGAACAAGCCGUGAGACGACAUAAAAAGAAGCAUAAAAGAGAUGAGAGUUUGUUGGAAAUGCACCAAAAGAAACUGAAGAAGAAAAAGAAGAAGGAAAUAGAAGAUAAGAAAGAGCGUCGUCCAUUCAGCCGUGAUGUAGACCUGCAAGUGAACAAAUUUGAUGAGGCCCAAAAGAAAUCGAUCAUCAAGAAGGCACAGGACUUAAAUACGAGGUUUUCACGCGGCGAUGCUAAGUUUUUAUAACACAAAUAUAGUUAAUAAAUUAGUGUAUUGUCUGUUGAAUUGCCGCUGUCAAUCCUAUUUUUUUUAUAACGGCCACUUAUUUUAAAGAUGUAAAUUAAAAGUUAUUCUAAAUGUUUUUUAUAUUUUCUUAAUUUUUUUUUAUAGAAGCUGACAAGUUCAAAAUGUCAAUGAGAGCAUUUGUCAAUAACAAAAAAUGCAAUACUCAAUUGUCAAUACUGUCAAUGUUUCGUGAAAAAGCUUCAGAAACAAUUCGUGUCAACUCAUGUUUUUGUUUUAAUAUUAAAUUAAAAUUAAUUCCUAUAUAGGAACCAGGUUUUACAUCAAUUUAUAUCAUCUUAUUGAAGGUGUUUGCAUUUUUAGUUAAUAUUAUUUUAUUAUGGCUUAGAAAGUAGAGUUAUAUGUUAUAAAUAUAUUGGUUCAAAAUGAGAAGUCAAUUAACAAGUGACGUUGUUAAAUACAUCUUAUUAUAAUACAUUGCAACAAUUCAAAGUAAUUUAUAUGACCACUAAGGGAUCGUAUAACGGAAUGCAAUUUUUGAAGAUUUUAGAACUUUCCCUCCCGUAACGCACUAUAACGUUUUUCUUGACGUUGACGUCUGCGUAUACAAACGGAAUAAGUUUGUGCCGUUCUGCCAUGACCCAGUCGUGGUCAGGUAAUAGUACUCUGUAUUCCAUAUGCAUUAAAAAAGGGCUCUAACUUUUCAAAAAUAAAAAAAUGUCACGUAACACGUUGUUUGAUCCUUGUGACGCAACGUAACGUUUUACAAAACCCUCCUACCCCUUAAUUGCGUUUAGUAAUACUUGAAAGCUCCCUAAUGACUGUCAUGUUUCAAUGAUAUUCGCCUUAUUGAACGAAAAUACUUUAUAUGAAAAUUUAAUUUAUCGCGACUAUGCGAAAAAAAGUCUGACAUAGUAAUGAUGGCUGAAAAAAAGCAACUGCUUUAUAUGAAAGAGUUUCAUAUCCCUCGACAAGGUUUUUUGUAUCAAAACGUUCAGGCGAUACUACUUUAAAGUAAGUAAAAUCCAAACGAAUAAUGUGACUUAUUGUUUUCUCAAAGACUUUGCCAAAAAUCUAAAUUUAUUAGCCAAACGCGAUACAUUUAACAUCUUAUAGUUUUCUUGUGUUAAGAAAAGAUACUCGAAUCUUACAAUGUAGUAAGAAAGCAUUUAUUUCUUUCUUAAUCGAUUAUCGAAUGUAAAAGUUGGACAUUGUGUGCACAGUUGUAAAACGCAUUUUGCAAUGAUUGUUUGUAAACGAAGAUUAUUAGUUUAAGUCUAGUAUGUACAAUACACCCCGAGUUUUUGUUAUUUCAAAUGUAAACUUGUGUAAAUAUAUCUUUGAAAAGGCUCUA